UAGAUGGUGCGAGCGUGCAAAGUGCCGAGGUGCCGAGUGCCGAGUACGAGGACCGCUACGCGGGCGCGAAGGCCGCGAGGGAUCUCAAUUCUCAACCAGGUGAACCCGUGAACCAGGUCUUGCUGGAAGUCGGAAAUUUCAGUACGUUACCGUUGCGUCGGGAACGUACGGCGUACGAGAGGAAAAAAGGGAGAACCGGCGUAGCGAUGCUGAAUCAGGCGGUGGUGGAGGCGCUUUAUUCGGCGACGUACAUCGAAAACUACUUGGACUGCGUGGAAAAUCUGCCCAACGACUUGCAGAGAUACGUCUCCCGCCUCCGCGAGCUGGACGCCACUUGUCAAACAUAUCUACACGAAGUGGAUCAGCAACAGGAGGUACUGCGGAACGACGCGGAUCCCGCUAUUAAAAGAAGGGCAUUGAUGAGAAUACAGCAAGCUCUGAUCGCAGCACAGGAAAUAGGAGACGAGAAAUUACAGAUCGUUCAGCAAGUGCAAGAUCUUAUAGAGAACAAGUCCAGGCAGUUGGACGUAGAUUAUCGAAACUUAGAUUUUGGAAAGGAGCAAGAAAGCUCGGAAUCGGUCCGUGAAUCAAAUAUGAACAGCAAUUCGAAUAACGUGAGCCACGCAAACAACACGGAACGUCAGCCAAAACGUGCCAGAAGAACAAGGACCGAAACUUUGAUAGAAUCAACUCAUUCCAUGGACAUGAUGGUUGGGAUGACGGAAACAAGAUCUUCGGCAUUGUCCAAUGCGAGCAAUGGAAAUCAGAAAAAGACGGCGGCGGCAGCUACUGGUAAAAAGAAGAAGCGGAAAUCUCGGCAAGGCAAUCAACAAAACCAGCAUCGUGAGGAUACUCCGCCGCCACCGGAAGACGAUCUCGCUAUAGAUCCCGACGAGCCGACUUACUGUCUGUGCGAUCAGAUAUCGUACGGCGAGAUGAUCCUUUGUGACAACGAUUUAUGUCCCAUAGAAUGGUUCCACUUCUCUUGCGUAUCUUUGACUACGAAACCGAAGGGUAAAUGGUUCUGUCCAAAGUGUCGCGGUGAUCGACCUAAUGUCAUGAAACCCAAGGCGCAAUUCCUCAAAGAACUGGAAAGAUACAAUAAAGAAAAGGAGGAAAAAUCAUAGCAACAGCACGGUGGUGAAAGACUUAAAAAUUUCGCUAAACUUAAUUGGACUUAAUCGAGAUUUUUGUAGGAUAGUUUUCAAUUUCGAGCUGUAAAUUAAAAUCGUAUUCUAUCGAAAUCUAUCAAAAUCUCGAGUUACAUUUUUCGUCUUUCUUUUUCAUUAUUAUUCUACAAUUAAAAAAAAAGAGAUAUAAUUAUAAUUAGAGAAUGAUAUAUGUUUCUUUGCGUUUAAAUUGUAAAAAUGGAUAAUGUAUAUGUGAUAUUGACGAAUGUUCGUACAUAACGUAAUACUAUUAAUAUUAAAUGAGUCAGAUUUAUGUUCAAACGCAUUUUCUUCGUUGAUAUCAAUUAUUGACGAUAUUCACUUAAUAUACUCAUUUAUUAGAUUAGAAUGCGCAAGAUACUAAGCAAAGUGUCUUCGCAAAAGCAAUAGUGCAAAAAAAUACAAUGAUAUAGGUACACUAACACAUACAACAUAUGGACAUGAUAUACACUAUAUAUGUAUAUAUAAACUAUGAACUAAUGUAAAUGUAAAUGAAAAGUAAAAAUAACA